CCAGUGAUGCCAGCGAUGGUCCGCUCGUACGUGUUGUCUGUGUUGGUGCACAUGUCGGCCACUAUAGUCUACGGCUAUUCCCUGUACUGGUGUUACACUAACCCGGAUAUACCGACGAAGAACCCGAAGGGAGCCAUUGGAUGGAGAUAUAAAUACCUGACGUUUUGGGAUUUGUGGCUUCAAUUCAUUGCGUUCUCGUUGUGUCUGUUGUCUGACAUACUUAGCACUCAAUCCAAGUCUUCACAGAUUGCGAGACUGCGGGACAUUGUCUUCAAUAGUCUGGCGCUUCCCGUAGGGAUCUUUGUGGUGAUCAGCUUCUGGGGGAUCUACGCGGUGGACAGGGAACUCAUAUUCCCGACCGGCAUCGAGAAGUGGUAUCCCGUUUGGCUGAACCACACGACACACACAAUUGUUUUGCCGGUUCUCCUGUUGGAGUCGUAUCUGGUAUGCCAUCAGUCGGCCAGUCGUGGUCCUCGCACUUCAUACCCACACCUACUGCUGAUAGUAGUGAUCGCAUACUUGCUGUGGACUCUAUUCAUCGCUAUGCAAACGGGUCACUGGGUGUACGGCAUACUGGAAGUGCUGAACUGGCCGUCCAGAGGGGCAUUCUUCGCCGGCAGUGCCUCUCUUAUAAUGUCGUUCUUCUACGUGGGCUCGUAUAUCAACACCACAUUCUGGGGCACCGUGCCGACAGCGAAAGCAAAGUCCGAUAAUAAUAGACGAAAAGUGAAAUAAGUUUUGUUUUGAUUUUUUGUUUUUGUUUUUCUUUGAUAUUUUGUUAUAUCGUUUUGAAUUUGAUUAUUAGGUUAUGGUUUUAGCUUUAAUUUAAUACUUAUUGUUAUACUCUUUGUUAACGAAUUAUGCAUUUUUUAAAUGUUAAUUCAGUUCACAAUUAUCUAUGAUAUACCGGU